AUGGAAAGCUAUGACAUGUUCAAUGGUUCGGCUCAGAAGAGCAGUUCCAAUGAUAUAGAGACUAACAUACCGAGUUGGCAUGUUUCAGCAACUUCUCAAGGCCAAACCUCACCUUCAUCUCCACUCUAUGGAUUGCAAGCUGGGGCAGUCGACUUGGGUGCCGGCGAUCUUUUUGACUUUCCGUGGCUUCAGGACUUUCAAUACCCACCUGCUACAGUUUCUGACUCACUGUUACUGCCUAGUAGUGCGAAUUUUGAUCCCCCAAACGCCUCAUCGUUCAAGUCACCCGAGACCUCAAAAAAGGUCUUAAACGACGAAGGACAGAAAUGCCAGUACCAAGGAUGCCCGGAACAUCGAGUCUUCAAGCAGAGUUCUGCAUUCAAGAAGCACAUGGACAAACACCUCCGACCAUAUAAGUGCCCAGUCCCGGCCUGCACCGUCAACAACUUCGCCACUCCAGGAGACUUGAAACGCCAUGAACAAGAAGUCCACGCCACGCCAGCUUACAACUGUCCCGUAACUACCUGCAAAAGACAUCGGAGAGGAUUUAGUCGAAAAGACAAUUUGGUUCAGCAUUUGAAGAGGACUCAUAAUCAUGACCAAGAUCAAGACAUGGAGAACACGACUGCUUCUUCUCCACCAGCCUGGAGCUUGGGUAAUGACUUCGCUGCUGAGCAAUCAUUUAGUGCUGGAAGCGCCGACGGCUUGAUGUCGGCAAAUGUUCUCUUCUCAUCGGUAUCAAGUCCAUCCGACAAGAUCUCCUUGAUAACGAAGUUGAGUGAGCUUGAGAAGGAGAAGGAGAAAGCCAUUGCGAAGUUCGAUGGAGACAUCGCCGCUUUGAAGCGGGUACUAUCUUUCAUGUAA